AUGAGGUCCAUCUGGAUGAGUGGGAUUAUUGAACACACCAGAGUGAGGAUAAAGGUGUUGUUGAAUCAGCUCCGAGAUUACCACCCAGGAAAUCCGUACACACUCCCACCCACACUCCACUGCGGGACCCAGCACACACACUCCAGCACGGCAGCACAGUCAGAGACUCCGAGAGAGACGUUCUUCGAGGAGGAGCUAAACUCUAGAACAUCUUUUGUGCACACUGUACUGGAGGCAGCUCAGGACUUCCUCUCACAGCACCUCCUAGUGGAAAGUACCAGCCACUCCGCAGCCAUCGGGGAGUGUGUGCGGCACAUUAUGCAAACGGCAGAGGCUCAGUGGCGGAGCAUAUUGCAACACUGCAGUGCCCGCAGGAGGCGGCUAGAGGGCGCUGUGAGGGGCCUGGAGGAGCUACAACACAGCAUGGAGGAGAUACAGCGAGAGAUAGAGGAAGCUCAGGGAGUCCAGCAGGCCUGGGAACCACUGGGAGAGCUACAGAUAGAAACACUGCAGGACCAUGUGGACGCUAUCGGGUUGUUUGAGGAGGAGUUAGUUCCUGUGAGGGAGGGGCUAAAGCAUUUGAGCAUGUUAGCCCACCAGCUGUGCAAUGCCGGUGUGUGUCUGACUGAACACGACACAAACAGACUUCACAACCUCAACACAGACUGGACACUACUGCAGGAGUGUAUAGAGGAUAGACUGAGAGAGCUGCAGGAAGCACUUACAGACUUUGGACCCACAACCCAACACUUCCUGUCAGGUUCUGUACAGAGUCCGUGGGAAAGAGCCGUAUCAGCCAGCAGAGUGCCCUACUACAUCAAUCACAGUACCCAGAGCACUAGUUGGGAUCACCCACGGAUGAUCCAGCUCUAUCAGUCUAUGGCUGAUCUCAGUGAGAUUAGAUUUUCAGCCUACAGAACAGCCAUGAAGUUGCGACGUGUGCAAAAGGCCUUAAAGUUGGACUGUGUCCCUCUAAGUUCAUUGGUGGCAGAGCUCCAGAGUGAUGUGGGGGUCAUGCAGGGGUCAGAGGUCACAGGUUCAGGGAGCAGGGUCGUGGAGGUUCAGGAGGUUGUUGAUUUGUUGACCUCUCUUUAUGAACACAUGGAGCAGGAGAAAGGCAUGAUGGUCGAUAUUCCGCUGUGUGUGGAUAUGUGUCUCAACUGGCUGCUCAGCGUUUAUGACAGUGGCCGUGUUGGGAAGUUGCGUCUGUUGUCCUUGGUUACUGGCCUGGUCUGCCUGUGUGAUGCUGAUGUCAAAGACAAAUGCAAAUAUUUGUUCCGGCAGGUUUGUGGUGCAGAUGGACAGUGCGAUGCUGCCCACCUGAGCUCUUUACUGCAUGAGCUGAUCCAGAUUCCGCGGCAGCUGGGGGAGGCAGCAGCAUUCGGAGGGAACAACGUAGAACCCAGCGUCAACAGCUGCUUCAGAAUGGUCCCAGGGCGUCUCUCAGUAGGUGAGGGUGAUUUUUUAGACUGGAUCGCUCUGGAGCCUCAGUCUGUCGUGUGGCUACCUGUCCUGCAGCGCGUCAGCCAAUCAGAACGCACGCUGCACCACGUCCGCUGUUCAGUCUGCAGGCGCAGCCCCAUCCGCGGGUUCAGGUAUCGUAGCCUGAAGCAGUUCAAUGUAGAUAUCUGUCAGAGCUGCUUCCUGUCGGGACGUGCAUGGCGGGGUAAAACCCUCCACUACCCCAUCAUAGAGUACUACACUAAAAGUACGUCUGGAGAGAAGAUGAGGGCUUUUGCCGAGACGCUGAAGAAUAAGUUUCGCUCGAAACAGUAUUUUAGCAGACACCCCCAGAGAGGAUAUCUACCUGUUCAGUCCACUGUGGGACGCAGAGAGGAAGACAGUCCCAGCUCAUCUCCUAAGCUGCCACAUUCAGAGUCUAACUCCAGUAUUGGGCCCUUUGCCUGCAGACUGGUUGAAAUGGAGAAUCAGAAUUGCUCCUUCUUCAACAACAGCCUCGAUGAGGAGCAGUACCCUCUGCAUUACUACAGUCCAGUUCCUGAGCCGGACGCCCUGCCCUGCCCUCACCUGCUGAAACACAACCACACCUGCACAGAUCGAGGGGAGCUGCAGCGGACCAUCAGCAUCCUGGAGCAGCAGAACAGGCUCCUGCAGGGGGAGUAUAGGAGGCUACAGUGGCAGCAGGCGGAGGCUGAAGCCCAGAGAUCACCGAGGUCACCUGGAGGUCAGAAAACUACAUUACAAGUGGAAUUGGAGAGGCGCAUGCUCAUGCUGGAGGAACACAAGAAGCAGCUGGAGAGCCAAAUACAGCAAUUCAGAACAUUACUGCUACAGGCCAGAGAUGACUCUGAAAACAGCAUUUCUGCAGAAAGCUCCGCCUCCACCAGCUCACCUGGGCCCCACCCACCACACCUGCACAUCCAGCCCAGCUCUGAACCAACAGGUGUGUAUGUCCAGGAGGACAUCCAGAGACAAACCGCUGACCACCUGCAGCAGGUCAUCGAACAACUGAGGAACGUCUUCCCCUCGGAGAGCGACAGCACUACUGCUCUAUAAACCACAGAACUAACACCGAACUUGGUCUGAUGUCAUCAUCACAUUUCCACGGAUAUUA